GCUAGCAGGCCGGGUCUUUUCCUGUCCGAGCGCCGGCCCUUAAACUGAAUCGCUGGAGGAGACUUCCGGGCUUGGGCCACUGUGGUAGUGCGGUUGUAGGGCUUGCCAGUGCACACUGCCUCUUCUGCCUCGCCAGCGGAACAGGGGCUCAGGCCUCAUUCACUUCGCUCCUUCAGUUAACAGCAGAGACAUCGACAAAUGCUUGUUGAAUAAAGAGCAAUAAAGAGCUUGGGAAGGAGCGAAACCUUUUUGACCCGUUUCAGUUGUUCCCGCCUACUCCUUCUUCUUCCAGGUCAGGGGGUGUGCCUCAAAGAAGGAAAAGAAUUUUGCGGGCUGUCACACACUUCGGAUGUUUAGCUGGGCCUUUGAAUCUUUUUAGAGUCUAUACUCACGCCAGGAUCUCUUCUUUUGGAAAUCAUUUGGCCUAUGACUUCACUACCUCCACAUUAUUCAUUUUUUUGCGGAACUUGUGGAAACUGAAAAGAGGGUCAAUAGGACUGUAGUAGCUCAUCAAAGCUCAAAUCCUCCUGAAGGACAGUAAUUUUCUGCCCCUUUGUAGUAGACUUCCCAAAGCAAUAAUUUUGAUCCCAACACCACAGCCUCAGUUGAUCCUUCAUUUAACAAUCCUAACAGUCAUGGAGAAGCGCCUGCAGGAGGCUCAGCUAUUCAAGGAGGAAGGGAACCAACGCUACCGGGAAGGGAAGUACCGAGAUGCUGUGAGUAGGUACCACCGAGCUCUUCUUCAGCUGCGGGGCUUGGAUCCAAGUCUGCCUUCCCCGAUACCCAGUCUAGGACCUGAGGGCCCAGCUCUCACGCCGGAGCAAGAAAACAUACUGCACACCACUCAGACAGACUGCUAUAACAACCUAGCUGCCUGUCUCCUCCAGAUGGAGCCAGUGAACUAUGAACGAGUGAGGGAAUACAGUCAGAAAGUCCUAGAACGACAACCUGAUAAUGCCAAGGCCUUGUAUCGGGCUGGAGUAGCCUUCUUCCAUCUGCAGGACUAUGACCAGGCUCGGCACUACCUGCUGGCUGCUGUCAAUAAGCAACCUAAAGAUGCCAAUGUCCGGCGAUACCUCCAGUUGACACAAUCAGAACUCAGCAGCUACCACAGGAAAGAGAAGCAGUUAUAUCUGGGCAUGUUUGGUUAAUGAAGAAAAAAGAUGCUUCUCUACUUGAGCUCAAGUGGACCACUAAAGACCCAUCAAGAGAAACCUGAACCUCAGCAAGAGAAAUUCACCCUUUACCUCUGACCCAGGUGGAUUUCUAUUUUCCUGUUCUGCACAAGCUCUUUGCUACUUAGGCCGUCUGCAUCCCUUAUUGUCUAUCCCUCAGUGUGGCUGGCAAUCCAUAUUAUUUGCCUUGAGAAAUCAACUAGAAAGCAUUCAUCCACUGUGGAUGCAAUCAACUAUAUUUGUGAUGUAGAUAAAAUGAGAUGGUAUUAGAUGUGUUCAGAUACAGAGGAGAAGGCCAGUGAAGGAUAAAAUAGUAAGGACAGGCAGAAAGGAAUCUUUUACUGUUUCCUCAGAUGCCUUUGUUUUUCCCAGUGGGAAAUAUAUAUAAUUUGUAAAACUAGAUAAAUAUAAAUUGAGCCCAAGUAUAUUUACAUUUACAUUGAAGAUUUGAAAUUAAUCAUUUUGGGGCUAGGAUGUAGCUCAGUGGUAGAAUGCUUGCCUGGCAUGUACAAGGCCCUGGGUUUGAUUCCCCAGUGUUGCAAAAAUAAACUAAACAACAACAAAAUCCAACUUUUAUUUAAAUUAAUCUCUCUUUUGUUUGUUUGUUGUCAAGAUAGUUUCUCUGUGUAGCCUUGGCUAUCCUGGAACUAUCUCUGUGGACCAGGCUGGACCCAAACUCACAAAACCCGCCUGCCUCUGCCUCGCAAGUGCUGGAAUUAAAGGUGUGUGCCACCACUGCCUAGCUCUUUAAUUUUUUUCCCUCCCAGUAAUUUCUAGUCCUUGAUAUUGCUUAUAUUCAGAUCAUUAACAUAGUAUAACUUAUUUGUCUUUAUUCUGUUUUAAAGCUUCUGAAGUAAAUGCUUGGGAUACAUGAAACCCUGUUUUUUAAAAACAAUGUUUCUGGGAGUCAAGCACGUAAAUAGUUAAGUAUCUAAUAACUCUCUGUCCUCAUGCCGAAAAGGAACCCACGUGCUAGUGAGCUUUUUAUGGGUCUGUAUGUAUGUGUGGGGCUGGAGUUUGAACCUAUCUUGCACAUACUAGGCAAGCACCCUAUCAUUGAGCUACAUAGUCAGCCUCAAAGUGGUUUUGUUUCUUUUUGUAUUUUGGACAGGGUUUCUUUGUGUAGCCCUGCCUGUCCAUGUUUUAAUUUUUAAUAGGUGCAUUUCUAAAGUGUAUUCAUUUUUCUUAGAAACGUUACAGUGUCUUCUUGAAAGAGUAUCAUAAUAAAGCAUGACAGAACCCAAGCCUCCUCUUCAUCUGUUGCUCUUAUUUUGUAAGAGCUCAGGACCUCUCAGAGAAAAGAAACCACAAGGAAAGAUGGUUAUUGCUUAGUCUUGGAAUUCUUAUAGGACCUGGGAAGCUGCUGUGCUCGUGGGUGCAGGGUACAGAUCUAGUGCAGUCCUGCCUCUGUGGCGUCCAUCAGCCAAUGGCUGCUCUGUCAUUCUGUUUGCUCUGUGGAUUGCAUCUAUAUCAUGGGUGUCAAUUAGUAGCUAAGACCAUGUAGUAGGUCUCUACCAUUAAAAGUGGAGAUAAUAAGCAUGUGGUAUUCAUUAGCCAUCAUGUAAUCAUUAAACAAAUAUGAUUCUUGGGGUGGGGUCAGUCUACUUUAUUAAUAACACCCCAAACUCUCCCAAUGUGCUACUCUUAUUUGUUCUACAUGCAUCAAAGUAGUAAGCAAAAGGCUUACUACCAAAUAAUCUAAAAAAUCC